AUGGAGCUAGAAGGGCGCCACUCAUCGAUACGUACCGCUCGCUUGACCACAAAAAAGGGGUGGUCGCCAACGAGCCGCAAGCGAGGCAGCCACAGAAGCGUGGUGCUUGCCUGUCUCGGGUUCUUCGAGCACCCCGACAACCCGCAGGCGGCAGGUCCGCAGGUGAAUACUAUGCUACCAAUUACCAUGGAGCUUGAAGUUCGCAGUAAGCCUUUUGUGCCUCAAACCUAUCCAUCGACAUGUUCCGGUAUGAUGGCACGCUCAGAAACCAAUGCUUUGAACACGUCUAAUCAACCCUAUGGAAACAGCAGAAAGACAAACAAGCAGUUCGAACUCAGGGUAGUAAAUAUCUUUGCGCACGAUUCGGAAAAGAUACGCCUUGGCCCGAUCCUGGCCACGUCGCAGCCCGUUCCAACUGGGCGAUCAGCACAGCCGAUAUACGACGAUUUACGGCAAACGCACCCACCCCUGGGCCCUGGCCCGCCGCCCAACCGCAAACCUGUCCGCCAGAUCUGCGUCUCUCAGAUUCCCACAUGCCUCGCCCACCGGCUCAGGGCCCAAGGGUCAGUGGGCGCUUCAACAUCACAGACUUCGAACAAGAAAUGCAGUACUUUCUAG